UUCCAUCGAUAAGCAAUUUUGGAAAAAAUCCCCCAAAUUGAUUUGUAUUAUCGUAUCACCCGGAAAUAAAAUUGUAUACGUUUUCUUUAGAGCUCGUUGAAGCGUCGCUCGCGAUGGGAACUAAUAAUUCGAAAGGAGAGCCAGCCAAGCUUAGAGAAAACGAAAUUGAUGAAGGCUUCGAGGACGUCGAACGAUACCAUGGAAAUUCCAAAGAUGGUAGAAGACAUGGACUAGGAGUUUAUUACUACGAUAAUGGUGAUAUUUAUGAUGGAGAGUGGAGAAAAGGACGCAAGGAAGGACGAGGAACUUAUGUAUUCGCUAAUGGAAAAAAGAAUGUUGGCUGGUUUUAUAGAGAUGAAUAUGUGGGAAAUGAACCAAAUGAAAAACUGAAAAGAAAAAUGAGAAAAAAGAGGAUGUCGUAUAGUGAUGCUGAACCAUUACCAAACAAUGUUGAGUCUUCUGUACAGAACCCCACAUGUCCCACUACACACAACACAGACAGUGAAGAUGAAGAUAACAAUGUACCCAAAUUAAAGGACGACACAAACCUAGAUAUUCGUCGAGCACAAAGCAUGCGAAGACAACAAUACUUUCGAGCCAAAUAUAAUAUUCCCGAUAAAAAGGACCCUGAAGAAAUGAUACAAGAUUCUAGAGGUCUGCGUGACUCAGUACGGGCAAAAUGGGGCUUAAAACGAAGCAAAUCCUGUCAUGACGGAAGUUCAAAAUCACAAAUGAAAGAUCCUAGGUUACUCACCAAACAGGAAGAAAUGCUUGAAAGAAGAAAUAGUAAACGACAGAGAGAAGCCAUAAAGGCUCGGUAUAAUCUGCACUGAAUUGGCAUUCUGAAUUGUCGUGUGCCGUUUAUGAUGCUAUGCGGUUGUGGAGGAAACAUUUGCCCUAUGGAGCGUUUUCACUCACGUGACAAGUCAGCCAUGGUGUACCAAACAAUAGAAACUUUCUGCACAGCUUUUGCAUAAAAAUAGAGUUCAAUUCCUAGAGAAUGGAAAAUGUAUGUAUAUUGUUUUGGUACACCAACAUGACUGCUGUGACGUCACAUGAAAAGGCUCAAUUUGAUAUUGACAUCACAAACUGCUAUUUUGCAAUGAAUAGGCGAAAAAAUCAGGUUUGUUUACUGGUGCAUGUUUCAUCCCACGGUUCCUUCCCUUGAGUAUUAUCUCUUUCUUUGUCAAAAUUUUUUUUCACAUGUUAAACCACAUGUCAUUCGUAAAGUAUUACACUUUCUUCAUCGGAAUUGUUUUUCCAAUAAACAUAUCAUACCAGAGGUCAUUCCCAAAUUAAAUUAUCUGUUCCAGUUGUAUUCAUAUUCAUGUGUCUUCUCGACCAUUAAACAAAGCCGGAAAUGAUAUUCUAGGGAACAACAGGAGGUGGGUUUGGGAAAAAAGUUAACUCUUCCCUACCCCACUAUCCACGGGGAUAAAUUCCAUUACCAUUGCACACAUAUGCAAACUAAAUGACUUAAUAAUUGUAAAAAAAUAUUGCUACAAUAAUAAAAAAGUUUGACUGAAAAUUGUAAA